CGAGCCUGGGGCGCGGCCUCCGGGUGGGCCUGAGAGGCCGGCUGACUCGGGCCUGAGGCCGCAUGGACAGCCUGGCGCUGGGUCAGUGGCGACGGCGGAAGCCGGAGGAGCUGCCGGUUCCGGGGGACGCGAAACGGGCAUGCCGGAGGUCAGAAGCCAGCAGGCAGGAGACUGGCUGCCACCAGGAGAGCACAUGCACCCUGGUGUCCUGGAGCACAGAGGACCAGGGGCCUCAAUCAAGAGGUUGCCCCUCUACACAGUGGCCAGAAGGUGCCCAGGGCAGACCACGCUCAGUGAUUUCUCAAAAUGGUGGAAGAAGCUCAGCCCAGCCUUGCCCAAGAUGUAUCGCGGGGGAAUCUGGGCAUUUUAACCACACUGAGAACCGUUAGAAGAUGCAAACUGGAAAAGGGAAGAUUCCAAUUUUGGCUCUGAAUCCUCUGUGUGACAGCAAAUGUAAAUCCCUUGCAGAUGGGUUUGGGCGCCCACCUGUUCAAACAGCAGCCUGGCGCUCUCUGCUGGGGGAUUGUUUGCCCUCUCGUUCAGGUAAUCCCUGCGUCCUCUGCACAAGAGCCUACAGAGCCUGCGUUACUUCUAGAGAGCCCCUAAGUCGUUAUGACUCACUAUAGCUGCCUUUCAAACGUGUCUUGCUGGAGAGGGAAAUCAGUUGAAUUAUUUAAAAGUUAAAAAAGUUCUGUAUCAACCCCCCUGUGAGGUUUGGGAGCCCUGUGGCUCAGGGAAUCAUAUCCAGAUGUUGCCUUGCUUUUAUACUUUGGGAUUGUUUUGUAGAUGUAUCCAGGGCUACUCACAUACUCUUUUUAAUUAAAAGACUUAUUUUUUAUAUUUAAAAUGC